AUGGACCAAGGAAUCUGCCAAGUGCUCCAAAAACCCGACUUAGCGGGAAGAAUGAUGACUUGGGCCAUCGAGCUAUCUCAGUAUGACUUGCGAUACGAGUCCCGACAUGCGAUCAAGGCACAAGCAAUGGCAGACUUCUUGGUAGAAGUAGCGGGAGACCCGACCGAGGAAGCGGGCACACGGUGGAGGCUCCAUGUGGACGGGGCCUCCAACCAAACAUCCGGGGGUGCCGGGAUCAUCUUGGAAAGUCCUGCCGAGGUGAUAACCCGAUUCGGCAUCCCGAAAGUUGUUAUUUCGGAUAACGGGACGCAGUUCACCGAUAAAAAGUUCGUGGAGUUCCUCACCGAUCUGGGCAUAAAACAGAAAUUCUCUUCGGUGGAGCAUCCCCAAACGAACGGGCAAGUCGAGGCUGCAAAUAAGGUCGUCUUGCUGGGCCUCAAGAAACGGCUGGAUAAUAAAAAAGGUGCAUUGGCCGACGAACUCGCCUCAGUCCUCUGGUCUUACCGUACAACCGAGCAGUCCUCCACGGGAGAAACCCCUUUCCGCCUGACGUACGGGGUGGACGCAAUGAUACCCGUAGAGAUCGGCGAGCCGAGCCCACGACUACUUCUAAACGGAGUGGAAGAAGCUGUAGAGAAGGACCUAGUAGACGAGACAAGGGAGAUGACCCAUUUUUCAGAAGUAGCACUAAAGCAAAGAAUGACCCUGCGCUACAACACCAAAGUGCUCAGGAGAGAGUUCGAACAAAACGACCUCGUCCUACGGCGCAACGACAUCGGUCUCCCGACUCAGGGGGAAGGCAAGCUCGCGGCAAAUUGGGAAGGCCCCUACAAGGUCAAAGAGGUAAUUGGCAAAGGCGCCUACAAGUUGGAGAAGCUCGAUGGCAAGGAAAUCCCGAGAACCUGGAAUGUAGGUAACCUAAGAAGGUUCUAUUCUUAG